CACGCGCCAUCGCGCGACCCUGACGUCUGGCGCAGCCGGCGCGCGAUUGGCUGGCGAGCAUGUGGCGUGCCCUGGCGCGAGCGCUGAUGGUUGGGCGCCCGGCGCCGAGGGGCGGGUCCCAGGUCUGGGGGCGGAGCCUGCGGGAGGGGAGCCCGGCCGAGCGAGCUUUCCCCGGCAGCCGGUGUCUGAGGGUCGCGGGCCAGGUCCGACGGACCGCCACCAUGCCCGAGAUAGACACCGACGGCCUGGACGAGCAGCAGGUGCAGCUGCUGGCGGAGAUGUGCAUCCUCAUCGAUGAGAAUGACAAUAAGAUUGGGGCCGACACCAAGAAGAACUGUCACCUGAAUGAGAACAUAGAGAAAGGAUUAUUGCAUCGAGCUUUUAGUGUCUUCUUGUUCAACACUGAAAAUAAGCUUCUGCUACAACAAAGAUCAGAUGCUAAAAUCACCUUUCCAGGUUAUUUUACCAAUACUUGUUGUAGUCAUCCAUUAAGUAAUCCAGGAGAGCUCGAAGAAAAUGAUGCAAUUGGAGUAAGGCGAGCAGCACAGAGGCGUUUAAAGGCUGAAUUAGGGAUCCCCACGGAAGAGGUUCCUCCAGAAGAAAUUAAUUAUCUAACACGAAUUCACUACAAGGCUCAAUCAGAUGGUAUCUGGGGGGAACAUGAAAUUGAUUACAUUUUGUUUGUGAAGAAGAAUGUAACUUUGAAUCCAGAUCCCAAUGAGAUUAAGAGCUAUUGUUAUGUGACAAAGGAAGAGCUAAAAGAACUUCUGAAAAAAGCAGCCAGUGGUGAAAUUAAGAUAACUCCAUGGUUUCAAAUUGUUGCGGAGGCUUUCCUCUUUAAGUGGUGGGAUAACUUAAAUCAUUUGAGUCAGUUUGUUGACCAUGACAAAAUACACCGAAUGUGAAUUUCAGGUGGAGAUGAAGGGUUAGUAAAAUACUGAAAAAUUUCUCUACUUUGUAAACUUAACAUGAUUUUUUAAAAUUUGGUUCCCCGUAAGAACUCUCACUUGGAACACUGAUACUUUACAAUCAGUAUUUGUGUGGAAAAAUACAACCAACUUUUUGAUUUUAUAUUACAUCCCCCAUAUGUGUGCAUUGCUAUUUGUAAAAGACAUUUAUGAGAGGCUAUCGUAAAAAAAACGGCAAUUUAACUUGUCUAAUCACAGUGCUAACAUACUCGAACAAAUAAAUGAAGCUCUUCAGUUUUCAUAUGUUGUGAUAAACAUUGUCAGCACACUUGAGAGCACUUUGCUCUUUGCCAAAUGCAUUAUAAAUCAUUAAAUUUUUACCAUAGUCUGGAAAAAUGUACAGUGGGAACUCUUUGCUUAGCUACUUCAAAACAGUCCAAGUUAACAUUCUGUGUGAGCAGAUUUAACUAGUAGAGCAGAUUCAAGGGAAAUAAAAUGGUAUAUGUCCUGA